GCAUUUUACACUGAAUUUCUCUACUGCCGCCCCCUCCACUCAAGCAAAAUCUGUGUGGAAAGAUCCACUGGGAAGGAACUGACGGCUUAUGUUUCUCCAGUGUGAUGAAAGCACAUGGUACAGUUUUCCAAAGAAAUUAGUCCUUUUUCUGGGUGAAACGAAACCAGUCUGCUGUUUUCAUAGGGGAUUUCUCACUCCUCUGGAAGGAAGAAAGAACACGCCUGAGCCCAGGAGCGCUCCAGCUUCUUGUGGGAAGUCUCCAUGGUGAAGGCUAAGCCAGGGCUACCUGCGAACAGCGUGCAGUGAAUGUCCUUCCAGAGCUGCGGCCGGUCGAUCGAACCCACGAGGAGAUGAUUCCUCAUGAAGAGCCUGGAUCCCCUACAGAAAUCAAAUGUGACUUUCCAUGUAUCAGACUAAACCCAGAGCCAGCCAGACAGUGAAACAGUCACCGUGGAGGGGGGACGGCGAAAAAUGAAAUCCAACCAAGAGCGGAGCAACGAAUGCCUGCCUCCCAAGAAGCGCGAGAUCCCCGCCACCAGCCGGCCUUCUGAAGAGAAGGCCGCCGGGCCGCCGAGCAACAACCACCGGGCGGAGUCUGGGGCAUGGCUCCCGGGCAACCCCGGGGGCCGCGCCCCCGGGGGCGGCAGGCACGGCCCGGCGGGGACUUCGGGGGAGCUCGGUUUACAACAGGGAAUAGGUUUACACAAAGCGCUGUCCACGGGGCUGGACUACUCCCCGCCCAGCGCGCCCAGGUCCGUCCCGGUGACCAGCACGCUGCCCGCGGCGUACCCUCCCCCGCAGUCGGGGACGCCAGUGUCCCCCGUGCAGUACGCUCACCUGCCACACACCUUCCAGUUCAUCGGGUCCUCCCAGUACAGCGGGCCCUACGCCGGGUUCAUCCCUUCACAGCUGAUCUCCCCGACGGCCAGCCCCGUCACCAGUGCCGUGGCCUCUGCCGCGGGGGCCACCACUCCAUCCCAGCGCUCCCAGCUGGAGGCCUAUUCCACUCUGCUGGCCAACAUGGGCAGUCUGAGCCAAGCCUCAGGACACAAGGCUGAGCAGCAGCAACAGCACCUGGGCAGGACGCCAGGGCUCAUCACCCCGGGGUCCCCCCCACCCACGCAGCAGAACCAGUACGUCCACAUCUCCAGCUCUCCGCAGAGCGCCGGGCGCACGGCCUCUCCUCCGGCCAUCCCCGUCCACCUCCACCCGCACCAGACGAUGAUCCCACACACGCUCACCCUGGGGCCCUCCCCCCAGGUCGUAGUGCAAUACACCGACUCCGGCAGCCACUUUGUGCCGCGCGAGGCCGCCAAGAAAGCUGAGAGUGGCAGGCUGCAGCAGGCCAUGCAGGCCAAGGAGCUCCUGAACGGGGAGGUGGAGAAGGGCCGGAGGUACGGGGCCCCGAGCUCGGCCGACUUGGGCCUGGUGAAGGCCAGCAAGUCCCUUCCUCACCCUUACGAGUCCAGGCACGUGGUGGUCCACCCCAGCGCCGCCGACUACGGCGGCCGGGACUCCUCGGGGGUCCGGGCCUCUGUGAUGGUCCUGCCCACCAGCAACACCCCCGCCGCGGACCUGGAGGUGCAGCAGGUCACGCACCGGGAGGCCUCCCCCUCCACCCUCAACGACAAAAGCGGCCUGCACCUAGGGAAGCCCGGGCACCGGUCCUACGCGCUGUCACCCCAACAGGCUCUGGGCCCCGAAGGCGUGAAGGCCGCCGCCGUUGCCACGCUGUCCCCCCACACGGUCAUCCAGGCCCCACACAGCGCCUCGGAGCCUCUCCCGGUGGGACUGCCAGCCACCGCCUUCUAUGCGGGGACGCAGGCACCGGUCAUCGGCUACCUGAGCAGCCAGCAGCAAGCGAUCACUUACGCCGGCAGCCUGCCCCAGCACCUGGUGAUCCCCGGCACGCAGCCCCUGCUCAUCCCGGUGGGCAGCGCCGACGUGGAGGGGUCGGGAGCAGCCUCCGCGAUAGCCACCUCGUCGCCCCAGUUCGCGGCCAUGCCUCACACUUUCGUCACCACCGCCCUUCCCAAGAGCGAGAACUUCAGCCCCGAGGCCCUGGUCACGCAGGCCGCCUACCCCGCCAUGGUGCAGGCCCAGAUCCACCUGCCUGUGGUGCAAUCGGUGGCAUCCCCCGCCUCGGCGCCCCCCACGCUGCCCCCCUACUUCAUGAAAGGCUCCAUCAUCCAGUUGGCCAACGGGGAGCUGAAGAAGGUGGAGGACCUAAAGACGGAAGACUUCAUCCAGAGUGCGGAGAUCAGCAGCGAUCUGAAGAUCGACUCCAGCACGGUGGAGAGGAUUGAGGACAGCCACCACCCCGGCGUGGCCGUGAUCCAGUUUGCGGUUGGGGAGCACCGAGCACAGGUCAGCGUGGAGGUUUUGGUAGAGUACCCUUUUUUUGUGUUUGGACAGGGCUGGUCAUCCUGCUGUCCAGAGAGAACCAGCCAGCUCUUUGAUCUGCCGUGUUCCAAACUCUCAGUUGGGGAUGUCUGCAUCUCGCUGACCCUCAAGAACCUGAAGAACGGCUCUGUUAAAAAGGGCCCACCCGUGGAUCCCGCCAGCGUCCUGCUGAAGCAUUCAAAGACCGACAUCCUGGCAGGCAGCAGACACAGGUACGCGGAGCAGGAGAACGGCAUCAACCAGGGAAGUGCCCAGAUGCUGUCUGAGAAUGGCGAACUCAAGUUUCCGGAAAAAAUAGGAUUGCCUGCAGCGCCCUUGCUCACCAAAACAGAACCCAGCAAGCCCACAGCGACGAGGAAGAGGAGGUGGUCGGCCCCGGAGACCCGCAAACUGGAGAAGUCAGAAGACGAGCCACCUUUGACUCUUCCUAAGCCUUCUCUUAUUCCUCAGGAGGUUAAGAUUUGCAUUGAAGGCCGGUCUAAUGUAGGCAAGUAGAGGCAGUGUGGGGAAAAGGAAAUUCGGCUCUCCCUUACCAUUUGUAUCCAGAUUACUGUACUGUAGGCUAAAUAACACAGUAUUUACAUGUUACCCUCUUUAGGUUUCUGUUCUAACCUUGUCAUUAGAGUUACAGCCGGUGUUGCGCAGGAGACCGGUGCACUUGCUUUUCCAGGAGUGUCUGGCAAUGACAGUGGGGGGGGGGGGGGGGGCGGGGCAGGG